UGGCUCUCGUGGACGGAAACUUGCUGAGAGUCAUGGCUAACGAGCAAGACAUGAGCAACUGGACCGAUCUCCUCCACUCCUCCACUAAGCUUCUCGAGCAAGCUGCUCCUUCGGCUCAGUUCCCUCCUCUUCAGAGAAAUUUAGAUCAAUUAGAAGCAUUAUCCAAGAAGCUCAAGGCAAAAACUCUAAGAACUGAGGCCCCAUCUCAAUCAAUUGCUGCCACAAGGCUUCUUGCACGCGAGGGAAUAAAUGCAGAGCAGCUUGCACGAGAUCUGAAGUCUUUUGAAUUAAAGACUACAUUUGAGGAUGUUUUCCCUGCUGAGGCAACAAGUGUGGAAGAAUAUUUGCAGCAGGUUCACGAAAUGGCUAUGGUUUCAGCUGUACAGGAAGCCCAGAAGGAUAAUCUUAGAAGUUUCAAUGAUUACAUGUUGAAAGUUUUGGAGGAGGAUUGGCAAAAGGAAAAACGUGAUUAUCUACAGAGCUUAAGCCGAAUUUCUGCCUUACCCAGGACAAAUAUGAUUGACACAAGGACUGGAGGUACACAUCCUGGUCAAAUGGUGUCCACUGCUUCUAGUCCUCAAGUUGCUCCUGGUGCAUCUAGCAUGGAAGCUGUACCUCUAGCUAACAAGCCUAUCCUAGAGAAAAAAGCAGCCGUCUAUGCUGAAGUAGUCAGGAAUUUGAAUAAUGCUAGGGAGCGUGGUUUACCAUUUAAACCUGCUACAGCUUUCAAGGGUGCUUAUGAAGGUUUGGGUCUUGAUGCAUCUAGUGGAAAGUCAGUUAAUAUGCAAAAGAUGUGGCACCUUAUUCAGACAUUAACGGGUGAAGACUCAACUACACAACGAAACAUUUCUAAAAGGAUGUCUUUAGUUAUUGGUGCAAGACGCCACCUGGAGUUGGGACAUGAAAAAUAUAUCAUGGAUACUAUUCAAAGUCAUCCUGCACAGGCUGCCCUAGGUGGGGUGGUUGGAAAUAUUCAAAGAAUUCAUGCCUUUCUUCGGAUUCGUUUAAGGGAUUAUGGAGUUCUAGAUUUUGAUGCUGGUGAUGCUCGUAGGCAUCCUCCUGUUGAAACCACUUGGCAGCAGAUAUACUUCUGCUUGAGAACCGGGUAUUAUGACGAAGCAAGAGAAGUUGCUUUGAAGUCACGUUCUUCAAACCAGUUUGCUCCUUUGCUUACAGAGUGGAUAAAUACCGGAGGUAUGGUGCCUCCAGAGAUUGCUGCUGCUGCAUCAGACGAAUGUGAAAAAAUGUUAAGAAUGGGUGAUCGAGUGAGUAGAGCUGCAUACGACAAGAAAAAAUUGCUAUUAUAUGCUAUCAUAUCUGGUUCUCGCAAGCAAAUUGACCGUUUACUAAGAGAUUUACCAACACUUUUCAAUACCAUUGAGGACUUCUUGUGGUUCAAACUGUCAUCAGUACGAGACUGCCCAGUUCAAUCUGUUAUUGUGAAUGAUGGUUGGGUACCAUACACACUGGAUGAUUUGCAGGUUUACCUAAAUAAAUUUGAUCCAUCUUAUUAUACUAAAAAUGGAAAGGAUCCUCUAGUAUACCCAUAUGUUUUGCUUUUAAGCAUCCAGUUGCUACCAGCUGUCCUAUAUUUGUCUAAGGAUACGGGUGAUGAAGGAUACAACAUUGAUGCUGCACACAUAUCAAUUGUGCUGUCAGACCAUGGGGUCCUUUCUGAAGGUGCUGGGGCUGGACAGAAAGUGGGGGUGAUGGAUGCUUAUGCAGAGGCAUCUAGCAUAGUUAGGCAAUAUGGGUCCUUGUACCUACGUCUUGGUAACCUUCCACUGGCACUAGAAUAUUAUGCUCAAGCCGCUGCAGCAGUGGGUGGUGGACAGUUGUCAUGGUCUGGCCGAAGCAAUGUAGAUCAACAAAGGCAGAGAAACCUGAUGUUGAAGCAACUCCUUACUGAGCUGCUGUUGGGGGAUGGUGGGAUCUAUCUUUUACUUGGUUCAAGAGGUACCGGAGAAGAAGGUGAAUUGGGCCGAUUUAUUACUGAUACGAAAGCAAGACAACAAUUCCUGCUUGAAGCUGCUAAUCAGUGCCAGGAAGCUGGACUAUAUGACAAAUCUAUUGAAAUUCAGAAGAGGAUUGGGGCAUUCUCAUUGGCAUUACAUACCAUUAAUAAAUGCCUCUCCGAAGCAAUAUGCGCACUAUCACGUGGUAGAUCGGAUGGUGAGAGUCGAACUGCUGGUCUCAUUCACUCUGGAAAUGAGAUCUUGGAGACAUACAAAUAUUAUCCUGAAGUCAGUCCUCAAGAGAGAGAGCAUGUUUUGGAACAGCAGACUGUGUUGAGACAGCUUGAGGCAAUACUGUCAAUCCACAAGUUGGCAAGGGUUGGUCAUCAUAUUGAUGCUCUGAGAGAAGUUGCAAGGCUUCCGUUUCUUCCAUUAGAUCCACGAACUCCAGAUAUUGCCACAGAUGUUUUCCAGAAUUUAUCUCCUCAUGUACAAGCUUGUGUUCCAGAUCUUCUGAAGGUUGCCCUCACAUGUCUGGACAAUGUGACAGAUUCUGAUGGAUUACUUCGUGCCUUGAGAGCAAAGAUUGCCAGCUUUAUUGCAAAUAAUUCAAGUAGGAAUUGGCCUCGGGAUUUGUAUGAAAAGGUUGCACGGAGCUUGUGAAGCACAUGAACAGUGAAAGCUUCUAAUGCUCAUCUGGUAAAUUGGUAAAGCAAAUCGUAGAGGAUGCUUUGGGUUGAAAUACCCAUGCAUAUGUAAUAGCCAGUUUGUAGCGUACAAAGCCCAUUUACCAUGAAAAUGAGCAUGAUGUUGAGAUAUUAAGGUAAAAAAGAUGUUACAAGAGUUGAAUACCUAGUAUUUUGAGAGAAACAUUGUGUUACGAAAAAUCCUCAUUUUGAAAUCUAGAUUGAAUAUGAAUUUUCUUGGAAUCCAAACAAAUGCUUAUAAUUAAAAUGAAGAUGUCAUCUAAAAAGAAAA